UAUCACGCACUAUCAUCAACCAAUCCAGAUCGUAAAUGUCCAAAGAAACUGCAAUGAUCAGACAAUCGUAACCAUCCAAUAACAGAGUCGUAUCUGGUGGCUUACGCUUUUUUUUUUUUUUCAAAAAAUGAGGAACGUUGCAUGUGAACUUUCACAUCCACCACUUUACCGAAUCCACUAAGGUGACCUAUGAUGGUGAUGUUGUUAUUGAGGGGGUUGCAUAUUCUUCUCUCAAUAACAUGUGAAGGCUAAGGUCCUUUUGAAUAAACGAAAUCCUUUGCUAACAAACAGAGCUUCUUCUCCUCUUUCACUUAAGAUUUUGAGACGAUAUCAAAGUUCGGCUCAGGACUGUUUCUUCUUGUACAAGUUAUUCUGCUGUUGGAUUUUGUACAUGGAUGGAAUGAAAAUUGGGUUAGCAAAGAUGAACAGUUCUGGUACAUGGCGUUGUUUGUUGUCUCGCUUGUUUGUUAUGUGGAAACAUUUUGCUUCUCGGGGCUGCUCUUCCACUGGUUUACUCCCUCAGGACUUGAUUGUGGUCUUAACACCUUUAUCGUUAUGACUUUGAUUCUAGUUUUCAUUUUUGCUAUUGUGGCGCUGCAUCCAGCUGUUGGUCUAUUGAAGAGUAAGUUUGGGUUUGAUGAUGCUUUCAACUACAAGGAAGAACCUGACUUGACUGUAGCUUUAAAAAGGCAUUUUCUUGAGGGCAUCGACAUUUACUUUGAGAGCGUGGGCGGCAAAAUGCUUGAUGCAGUACUAGCGAACAUGAAGUACCAUGGUCGCAUUGCAGUGUGCAGAAAGCUCUAUGCAUAGAACCAGAUAAAAAGAGGCAAUGCAAUCUGGCCAUUUGCUUGAUAGAAAGGAAGAAUUUCAGAAGCAAAAUCUCUCCUUGAAAGGAUCCAACCUUCAUCUUCGGACUCAGACAAGCGUGGCCCAGAUUUGCAUAUGAAAUCCUUUGAACGUGCAUGUGAAAUGCUAGCAGGUCUCAAGUGUCAGUUGAUGAAUGGAGCGAUAGGAACAAAAAUCCAGAGAUCUUCUGCUUCCUCUAUUACGGGAAUCUUGAAUUCCCCAGGUUCUGGUGAGGCAAAGAAGAACUGACUGCAAGUCCGGCAAGGAGCUGACGGAAGCAGAAAUGCAUGAUAGGGCUGUGGAUAUGUGCAAAUGGGUGAGGUCCAGUCAUUCAGUUGGGCCCCACAAGGGCUAAAAAUCAAUGGUAGGAUCAAGUCAUCUGAAUGCAGAGUCAAAUUUCAGUUGGGAAUGAAUGGUCUGUUUAAGCGUGUUCUGUUUUUUUUUUUUUUUUUUUGAAGGCUGUGUAAGAAAUUCUUCUUUCUUUGCUCAUGAAAUUCUUUCUUUCCUCAUAAUAAUUGGCUUGUUCCAAUAAUGGGUGUGGUCCAUUCAUCAGGUGUGCCCCCAGCAUGUUCUGUUUGAUGAUGUUGCUCCCUGAUGCAUGGACAGGGCAGUCCUAUUUCAAAGAAUGUGGAAACAGCUUUAAAAUUCAGAUGAGAUUCUGAAGUAGUUCUGUAUUCUUUCUUUGUUCAUAAAAUUCAAUCAGAAAUUACUUGGUUGUAUGCCUAGAUUCAAUAAUGGGGCUGGUCCAUUCAUCAGGUGGACCACACUCGGAUGUUUUUGCCACCUGAUGAGUGGAGCGGGUCCUGUUUCUCAAUGGUGGUGGAAAACAGCUUCAGUUUCUGUUUGUAUUAGUAAUGUGGCUGAGCCUGUGGAGCUGGUCCUGUUUCAAUGAAGGUGGAAACAGCUUCAGUUUCU